CCUUUUUUUCUGCUUAGACGUGGGGGAGAGAUUUUUUCAGAUUGUAAGGGGGAGGAAACCCAACAAAACCCCAAAAAAGAUUGAAAAAUAAGAAACCCAAAAAAGGAAAAAUGACAAAGAAAGAAUUCUACAUCCCCAAAUCAUGGCCGCCCUCCUCCCCCACCAUUUCUUCCCUCUCCUUCUCCUACUCUCAUGAUUCGGCCUUUCUGCUUUCUCCCUUUUGCUGUUUUCCCACAAAUCUUCCUCUGGUAGCCCCUUCUCUGCCCCUUUUUCUCUGGGUUGGGAGGACCCUUUCCUCCCUAUGCGCCCAUCUCCCACCGCCGCCGCCGCCGCCGCUCCUCCGCCCCGCGGAUUUGGCUUGGAAGGAAUAAGGAGAUGAGUUGCUUCCCAUGUUUUUCUUCACAGAAAAGCAACAAUGAAUCGUCUGAGAACAAGGAUGUGCCUGUAGCUCAAGCUACUGCCCCUGAUCAUGCAUCACCUCCACCAGCAACUGGUAAACCACCACCAGCUGCAGCAGACACAAACAAAAAGGAUGAAGCUAACACAGUUGAAAAUAGUAAUUCAUCCGCAAAGACUUUCACUUUCCGUGAGCUGGCUGCUGCAACAAAGAACUUCCGGCAGGAAUGUCUGAUAGGUGAAGGUGGAUUCGGAAAGGUUUUCAAGGGGACCCUUCAACCUACUGCCCAGGUUGUAGCAGUGAAACAGCUGGACAGAAAUGGAAUGCAAGGAAACAAAGAUUUUGUUGUUGAGGUUUUGGUGCUUAGUCUCCUCCAUCACCCAAAUCUGGUCAACCUUCUUGGAUAUUGUGCCGAUGGAGAUCAGAGACUUCUGGUGUAUGAAUAUAUGCCACUGGGUUCUAUAGAAGAUCAUCUGCGUGGGGAUAAAAAGCCAUUAGGUUGGCAAACAAGAAUGAAAUUAGCUUCAGGUACUGCUGAGGGUCUGCAGUAUUUGCACGAGAAGGCAAACCCCCCGGUUAUAUAUCGAGAUUUAAAAUCCUCGAAUGUCUUGUUGGAUGAAGAGUUCAAUCCAAAACUCUCCGAUGUUGGGCUUGCUAAGCUUGGACAGGGUGGGGGCAAGACCUCUGCUUCACCGAUGGUAUUGGGAACCUCUGGUUACUGUGCUCCAGAGUAUGAAAGAUCGGGGGAGCUCACACUGAAGUCAGAUGUGUACAGUUUUGGAGUUGUUCUACUUGAGCUCAUAACAGGACGAAAAGCCAUCGACACUGCAAAGCCAAUGGAGGAGCAAAAUUUAGUUAGUUGGGCGCAGCCCUUUUUCAGGGAUCCGAAAAGAUUUCCUGAGAUGGCAGACCCGCUUCUUGGAAGGAAUUUCCCGGUGAAGAGUUUAAAUCAAGCGGUUGGGGUUGCAGCAAUGUGUCUUCAGGAGGAACCUUCGGUUCGCCCCUUAAUCAGCGACGUUCUGCCCGCUCUCACGUGCCUCAUGCGUGAUGCAGAAGAGGGUGUCCCUGCAGGCAAUGGUUCAGAUGGACAUGACAGAGAUAAUGCAAACCAUCUUGACGGAGAUUGUUCGGAUUCAAGUUCAGAAGAUUCAGACUCUGAUGAUAGAAACAAUGGAAAUCAUCAAGUGCCACCGGUUAAGAAAUCUGUGAAAUGGGCUUCAAAAUGCAGGAGUAAGAAGGAAUCUCCGCGCAAAAGUGUUGAUUCGCAUUCAAGCAGCGACAGUGAUGGUGGUGAAUCUCACGACAGUUUUCACAAUCUGGAGAAUUCAAAUUCAACAAAGCAGACGGAGACGGGAGAACCAGAAUUUGAGGAUUCAGUUUCUAGCCCGAGCAGCAGCGCCGUUAGCCCGCGUGGAAGUUUUGAUCAGAAUUAGACACCAACAGCAAUGUACCAUUGGGUUUGGAUUCAAGAUGUGUAAACUGAAUCUCUCAGGAUGGAAGUGUUGGUAAAUGCUGAAUCUCGCGGGAUGGAAGUGUUGGUACAAGGGCAAGGCCGACUGUUGAAUCGCAAUUCAACCAGAGUCCUGUCCUGGUCACUGGUCAGAUUUCUGUUCAAGGUCGGUCCUCCAGCAACGCCUGUUCGGUUCUCUUGCAAGGUUGAGCACUGCAAAGUUGGAUUGAUCUCCAUAUCAAAGUGCUUGCCCCCCACUGUAAAAAUCUCCAUCCUGUUAAUGAUCAAGGCAAGAUAUAUUUUUUUUUUUAUCUUCUGCUUAGUAGUAAGUAACCUGUUGACAGCUCGCUCUGUCCUCUUUCCUCCACAGGAAUUAUUUGAUAGGCAAUUGGAACACCCUGCCAAUCCUGCCAUUAUUUCACAACACAAACAAAAUAAUCUGGAUUGAGAAGAUGGGAGUUUUUCUUGCC